CAGAUUCAAUGUGUCCAGACGACAACAAACGUUAUCAGCAUUGGAGAAAAUGGGCACAGCAUUGGCAUCUAAAUCAUUUUGAUAAGAUAAAAACUUCCAUCAAACCAUCAAAACGCGUUUGCUUUUGUCUCAUAUGAAUUAAUAAUCAAAACUGAAGUCUUAAAAUGCCGAGCAACAAGAUGGACAAAUCUGACAAGCCGGAGGUCAUGGACAACGUCAAAGUGGUUGUGCGAUGUCGACCGCUGAACCAGAAGGAGAGGAGUAUGGGCCACAAGCAGGCCGUCAGUGUGGAUGAGAACCGAGGGACCAUAACCGUCAACAAAUUAGAGACCACCCACGAACCCCCCAAGACCUUCACAUUUGACACGGUGUUCGGACCGGACAGCAAACAGCUGGACGUUUACAAUCUGACAGCCCGCCCCAUCAUAGACUCAGUAUUAGAGGGUUACAAUGGGACCAUCUUUGCGUACGGACAGACAGGCACAGGAAAGACGUUCACCAUGGAGGGAGUGAGGGCAGUGCCAGAGCUGCUAGGAAUUAUCCCCAACUCCUUUGCUCAUGUGUUCGGCCACAUCGCCAAAGCAGAGGGCGACACCCGGUUCUUAGUUCGCGUCUCUUAUCUGGAGAUUUACAAUGAAGAAGUGAGGGACCUGCUGGGGAAGGACCAGAUGCAGAGGCUGGAGGUGAAGGAGAGGCCAGAUGUGGGUGUUUACAUCAAGGACCUGUCUGGUUAUGUGGUGAACAAUGCUGAUGACAUGGACCGGAUUAUGACAAUGGGGCACAAGAACCGCUCGGUUGGCUCUACCAACAUGAAUGAACACAGCUCUCGCUCUCACGCCAUCUUCACCAUCACCAUCGAGAGCAGCGAGAAGGGUGUGGAUGGAGACCAGCACGUACGCAUGGGAAAACUCCACUUAGUGGAUCUGGCGGGUUCUGAGCGUCAGGGGAAGACAGGAGCGACUGGCCAGCGACUGAAAGAGGCCACUAAGAUCAACCUGUCUCUGUCCACGCUGGGUAACGUCAUCUCCGCCUUGGUGGACGGGAAGAGCACCCACGUCCCCUACAGGAACUCCAAACUCACCCGCCUGCUGCAGGACUCACUGGGGGGAAACUCCAAGACCAUGAUGUGUGCGAACAUCGGCCCAGCGGACUACAACUACGACGAGACCAUCAGCACGCUGCGCUACGCCAACCGGGCCAAGAACAUCAAGAACAAAGCCCGGAUCAAUGAAGACCCCAAGGAUGCCCUGCUACGGCAGUUCCAGAAGGAGAUCGAAGAGCUUAGGAAGAAACUCCAAGAAGGGGAAGAGAUUUCCGGGUCGGAGGGCAGUGGAUCAGAAGACAUGGAUGAAGGAGAUGACGAGGGAAGAGAGGGACAAAGGAAGCGGAGAGGCAGUGGCAGCAGCAUCAGUAGCUCAGACUCCUCUAUAGAGGCACAGACCACUGAGGAGAAACCCAAGGCUCAGACUAGGAAGAAGAAGAAGAAGGUUUCUCCUAACAAGAUGGUGGAGAUGCAGGCGAAGAUCGAGGAGGAGAGGAAGGAGCUAGAAGCCACGCUGGACAUGGAGGAGGAGGAGAGGAACAAGGUCAGGGCAGAACUGGAGAAGAGAGAGAAGGAUCUCCUCAAAGCGCAGCAGGAGCAUCACCUGCUGCUGGAGAAGCUGUCAGCCCUGGAGAAGAAGGUGAUCGUAGGAGGAGUGGACCUCCUGGCCAAGGCUGAGGAGCAGGAGAAACUACUGCAGGAGUCUAACAAUGAGCUAGAGGAGAGACGCAGGAGGGCUGAGCAGCUCCGCAGAGAGCUAGAGGAGAAGGAGGCGGAGCGUCUGGACAUGGAAGAGAAGUACUCCAGUCUGCAGGAGGAGGCUCAGGGGAAGACCAAGAAGCUGAAGAAAGUCUGGACCAUGCUGAUGGCUGCCAAGUCAGAGAUGGCCGACCUGCAGCAGGAGCAUCACCGGGAGAUCGAGGGCCUGCUGGAGAAUAUCCGCCACCUCAGCAGAGAGCUACGACUGCAGAUGCUCAUCAUAGACAGCUUCAUCCCACAGGAAUACCAGGAGAUGAUUGAGAACUAUGUACAGUGGAAUGAGGACAUUGGGGAAUGGCAGCUGAAGUGUGUAGCGUACACUGGUAACAACAUGAGAAAACAGACCCCCGUGCCGGACAAGAAAGAAAAAGAUCCGUUUGAGGUGGACCUGUCUCAUGUGUACUUGGCCUACACAGAGGAGAGUAUGAGACAGUCACUGAUGAAGCUGGAGAGGCCCAGGACCUCCAAGAGUAGUAGGCCCAAGACUGGACGAAGGAAAAGAUCAGCGAAGCCCGAGGCUGUGAUGGAAUCCCUGCUGCAGUGAGAGAGCCAAUCAGGGCUGGAGCCCCAUGUACUGCAAUGAAUCUACACUGCUUUACCUUAGAAUGAACAACAGUCAGUCAAUGAAUCUACACUACUUUACCUUAGAAUGAACAACAGUCAGUCAGUCAAUAGUUGAACAUGAAGAUCUUUAUUGUCGUUAUUUAAAAAGAUUUUCUUAAUACACUGUAUAGCCAAGUAAGGUUUUAAAUGUGAAGGGAGGAGAGGAAACGGUUGGUCGGUCAGGGAAGGAGGGAGCAGGCAGCAGAAACUACUGUAGGACUUAGUUAGCGUCCCAAAUGGCGCAGCCUAUUCCCUAUUUAGUGCACUACUUUUGACCAGAGCCCUAUGGGAUAACCUAUGAGCCCUGGUCAAAAGUAGUGCACUAAAUAGGGAAUAGGGUGUCAUUUGGACCUGCCCCUUAGACUGCUCAAGUCAAGAGGACCUUGUAUUAUAAUAAAGGGAGGCUUGUUGAGGAUAGUCAGCUUAAUGUUGAGUCUUAAUGUAGUCAUCGAGCACAGUUCAGUGGGCAACACACAACCUGCGUCACAAAUGAAACCCUAUUCCCAUUAUAGUGCACUACUUUUGACCAGGGCUCAUAGGGUGUCCUGUAAUGUUCUGGUCAAAAGUAGUGCACUAAAUAGGGAAUAGGGUCCCAUUUGGGACGUAGAAAAUGCGUCUAUGAUGAGCACAAGCCAUGGUUUUUGAACAGGUCUUCAAAGACGAAAGCCACGACAACAACAAACACUGUUUUGAGAUGACGAUGUCACUACUCCUACUGGCAGGAUGUAAUGGAUACAUCUGAUGGCCUUUAACAAAAAAACUAUUCCAGAAAUGAUUGAUAUGUGCACCACAGGUCAUAAUGCCCUUAUUUCAAGCAUCAAACCUAUGGGAGUCUAAAGUGUGCUUUAAGCUUUAGUUUCCUUCUUUCUGUCUGAAGGGUAGGACAUGCAUGCCAUACCGCUUCCAUAGACGAGUGCGCAACAAUGGGACAAACUACACUAUAUUUAGUCUCCAAAUGUUUAGUGAAAACUAAUACAUUUGCACAAUGAGCGCUUAUCUUUAAAAUGCAUCCUUACAGUUGUUGGUUGGCGAGGGUAUUUUCACCAUAUUAGCAUGGACGUGACAUCAGUCGAAACACCUCAAAAUAAACCGUGAUAUUAAUAAGAUACUACGAGCUGAAACCAGCCUCUUACGAUUCCCCACGUUGCAGCUUUCUGUCAUUGUCGUUCGCUAUCUGAAUGUUCAGAAUCGUAGCGCCACACAGACUUCUGUCUUGUCGAGACGCACAUCAUUUCCUGAUGUCAGCUAACCCGUCUAUAUAGUAAUCGCCCAUUAAACACUAACUAAGACAUUUUUUUGGCACGCUUUGAUUACGUCCUUUUCAGCUCAUCGUUCAUGGUGUAUUGUAGUGGAAGCAAAGUGUCUUCAUUUUGGAAUUUACUGUAUUUAAAAUGUUUACAUUACUGAGCCCCCCCCCUGUAUUUUGUUAAUUUAUUAAAUUAUUGCACAUG